AUGCAACAACUUCAACUACCUCCCAACACUGUCGUUUUCGUCUCAGAUCGUCACUCUUUGUAACAUCUUUGAGGCACUACUCCGAAUACUGUCAUAGAAAGCGCAGAGACUCUGUUUAAUCUUGCAAAUGGCCAAUCAAGGCUACGACGUCGUGGUGGACGUUGAUGCGGAGGGCGAUCUCGGUCACACCGAUCUCCAAGAAGAUCUUGAAUUCCACCCAUCGAAUUUCGAAAAUGACCCACGCAGCGCCAAAAUCCAGGCCGACUCACAACCCUUCCUAGGCAACGAUGGUGGCCCAUCUAGAGGCGGUAACGGAGGAAGCGGAGGAGGUAUUUCAUCAGGCGGCGGAAAGCGUCAUCUCUGGACAAUCCAAUACUACAGCCAGUUCUUCGAUGUGGACACAAACGAAGUCGCUCGCCGUUGCGUCGCUGCCGUAUAUCCACGCUCAAACUUUCUGGAUGUUCUGGAUGGUAAUCCGGAUCUGUACGGACCAUUCUGGAUCGCCACGACGGUUGUGAUUAUCCUUUUCUUAACGGGGACCAUAUCGCAAUACUUGGCACAUGAGCACGAUGAACACUUUGAAUACGAUUUCCGACUACUUUCCGGCGCCGCAGGACUCAUAUAUGGGUAUACGGGAGUCAUUCCCAUCGCGCUCUGGGGCGCGUUACGCUGGUUCGGCAGUUCGAGCGCCGACCUUAUUGAAUGCUGGGCUCUUUACGGGUAUGCGAAUCUGUUAUGGAUCGCUGUUGCAUUGGCCAGCUGGAGUCCCCUAACGGCAUUGAAUUGGGCUCUAGUUGGUGUCGGAUUUGCAUGGACGGUGUUCUUCCUCCUCCGCAAUCUGUAUCCGGUGCUCAGUGCAACGGAUGCUAAGACGAGCAAGAUUCUACUUAUUUUGGUUGUUGUCUUGCAUGCAGGUUUGGCUAUCGCUAUCAAAGUUUUGUUCUUUGCUCAUGGCAGCCCUGUCUCAAAGAAGAACCACCACGAUGACGAUGACCACAAGGAUAAGGAUAAGGGCCAUGAUGACAGGAGACGUGUGCUUUUCUAAAGCUGAAGCGAACGACUAUCAAUACAGAGGGGAGGUGAACAGAGACUUCAGGAUUUAUAUGACGUGAUUCGUAUUGUUAUCUAGGACUGCUUCUAGCGUGUUGGUUGACUUUCAUGUACAAUAUUCACCAAUGAUGUUGGCCCAAUUUUUACGCAUAUCUACACAGAAUGGAUACAAUCAGAGGGCAUGAACCUCAACACC